CUAAUCUAUACUAAUGGGUUGUAAAAUAUCAAAUGUAGCUCCUCAUAUGAGUUAUUCGACUAAAUUUCAUAAUGCAGAGAAUGGAUAAUCAGAAAUUAGAAGAAAUGUUAAAUACGCUGAUAAACUACUCUAAACUCCUGAAAAUAAAGAUGAAAUUCUUACAUUACAAGAUUUAUUUUCAAAAAGUGCUGAUAAAAAUGCUACCAGAUAUUGUUUAGGUUCAUUUAUAAACAACGAUUUCUAAUUCAUUACAUAUUCAUAAGUUUAAGAAGAAGCCAUUCAUUUAGGCAGUGGGUAUUAAAGAAUAAAAUAUAUUUUAAGAAUAAAAACUUGGGGUCUAGCAAAUGAAAUUAAUGAAUAUUAGAACUAUAAAUUAAAGUUAUUAGGAGUAUUUAGUAAAAAUAGAAGAGAAUGGAUGAUUUUAGAUAUUGCUAAUAUAUUCUAUGGAUAUACAAUGGUUCCAUUUUAUGAUACUUUAGGUAAAAUAAAUCUAUUAUAAUUUUUAGGUCCUGACUCUAUCCCUUUCAUACUAAAUCAGACAAAUAUUGAAACUAUGUUCUUAAGCGCUGACGCAACUAAAUCAUUACUUACAUGUAAAGAAAAAGGAAAAUUAUAAAAUUUGGUUCUAUUUGAUCCCAUAAAUGAAGAGCUAGAAAGAGUAAGACUAUCUGUGCAAAUUAGGAAUUAAAAAAUAAAGGCUAUAAAUUAUUUAAAUACUAAGAUGUUGUUGAAAAUGGCAGAUAACAAAUAUAACCUCUAGCAUAAACUUAUCCAGAAACCAUUUAUACAAUUUGUUAUACUUCUGGAACAACUGGAAAUCCUAAAGGAGCUUUGAUAACCCACGCCAAUUUCGUAUCUGCUGUAGCUAGUACUAUGGAAACUGAUGCAUAACUUAAUUCUAAUGAUAUUCAUCUAUCUUAUUUACCUUUACCUCAUGUUAUGGAAAGAUUAUUAGUAAUCUCAUUAUUAUACGUUGGAGCCUAAGUAGCGUAAUUUUUUAUUAAUAUUUCUAGAUUUUAUAGAGGAGAUGUAAAUCUACUAAAGGAAGAUAUUUAAAAAUUAAGACCUACUAUCUUUGUAUCUGUACCUAGACUUUAUAAUAAAUUCUAUGAUGGAAUUAAAACUAAAAUCUCAUAAGUUACAGGAAUUAAAAAAACAUUUGUUGAAUAAGCUAUCAGUUCUAAAUUAUCAACUUUAAGAUCUGAAGCUAAAUAUACAAAUUCAUUAUAUGAUAAAGCAUUCGAAGAAGUUAAAUAAUUAUUUGGAGGUAGAUGUAGAUUAAUGAUUACAGGAUCUGCACCUAUUUAAAAAGAUGUUAUUGAUUUUUUAAAAAUUGCUGUCUGUUGUCCUAUUUUAGAAGGUUAUGGUUAAACUGAAUCUUCAGCACUCUCAUUUUCAACAGCUAGAUGGGAUCCUGAAUCUUCUCAUUUAGGUGGACCUGCAGCUAAUACAGAAUUUAAAUUAGUUGAUGUUCCUGAAAUGAAUUAUACAUCCAAAGAUGUUAUUAAAAUCUUUAAAGGAGAUAAAGAAGAAGAAUAACAAAUUCCAAGAGGUGAAAUAUGUUUAAGAGGACCUGGUGUUUUUGUAGGCUAUUAUAAAGAUCCUUAAAAAACAGCUGAAACUUUAGAUUCAGAAAAAUGGUUACAUACUGGUGAUAUUGGUAUGAUAACAGAAUAAGGCGGAGUAAAAAUUAUUGAUAGAAAAAAAAACAUUUUCAAAUUAUCUUAAGGAGAAUAUAUUGCACCAGAAAAGAUUGAAUCUAUUUAUAAUAGAGUUUAAGGUGUAUCAGAAAGUUUUGUUUAUGGAGAAUCUAUUUAAAAUUAAAUAGUAGCAAUAAUAGUUCCUUAAAAUGAUUAUGUUUAGAGAUAAGCAACUCUGAUGUAACUCUAAGGUAACUUUGAAGCAUUAUGUUAAAAUUAAAAAAUUAUUUCUUUAUUUUAAUAAAACAUUGAAGUAUUUGGAAAACAAAAUUAACUAAAUUCAUUAGAGAUAGUAAUUUUAUAAAAAAUAAUUUUAGGCAAAAUUAAUUUAUCUAGAGCCUUAACCUUUUUAAAAUUUAGGAUGUCUCACUUCCACUUUAAAAUUAUAAAGGCAUAUUGCUAAAUAAGUAUUUGCUAAUUAAAUUUAAAAUUUAUAUAAAUAAAAAGUUUGA